CAAGGAGGCAACACAAGAGCGCCUCACAGUUGAGGCUCUCCGACAGCAGCACCAUGGACAAGCCACUGACGGUGACGACAAAUUAUGCCCGCUACGUGUUGUUUGUGCUUCUUGGCGUGUAUGUCAGCAACCAGUGGGCGCGCUACCUCCUGAACUACCUCUACGCCGUGUCGGACGACGACUACGACGACGAUGACGCGAAAGAUUUCAUCAGCAUCGAGGAUGCGACCGGGAUCUCGACCAGCGAGUAUGGUCUUCUUGUGGGAUACGGCUUCUCCUUCUGUUACGUUAUCUGCGGGCUGUUCAUGGGCCGCGCGGCCGACCUGUACAACCGCAAGCUCAUCAUCUUCUACGGCUUGGUGAUCUGGAACGUGGCGACUGUCUGCCUCGGCAUGUCCGAGAACUUCGUCCAGCUCCUCCUGUCGCGGAUCCUUCUCGGCAUCGGGGAGUCGUUUUCGAUGCCCGCGUCGUACUCGCUGAUCGCGGACUACUUCCCUGCGGAGUCAUUGGCCCAGGCCAAUGGAGUUUUCGCCUUCGGCGUUUACGUGGGCGGAGGCCUGAGCUCCCUGAGCAUUGCCAUGGCCCAGGGGAUCGGUUGGAGAGGCAGCGCCUUCACCGUUGCCGGUUACGGCCUGCUGCUGUCGCUACUGGUACGCUUCACGGUUAGGGAGCCCGCGCGCACGCCCGCCGUUACCGCUCCCGCUCCCGCGAACCGUACCUCGGAGGCGGAGGAGGGGGGAGGCUACGCGCCUACCAACGGGUCUUCAGGGGACGCGGAGAAGGACUAUACCGCCCGCGAGAGCGCUAAGCUAAUUUUCGGGAACCCGCUGAUCGUGCUGCUCAUUUUCGGAGGCAUGGUCCGGUUCAUGGCCGGGUACGCUAUCGGCUCUUACCUCCCGGACUUCUUCAGCCAGAUCUACCCGGACGACAACACCAUUUACAGCUACCUGAACGCGUCGGUCGUGUCGGUGGGUGGAGCGCUGUCGUCGUACGCCGGGGGUUACGCGGCUGAUAGGUGGGAAAAGGCUGGCCAGCACAGGGCAAGAAUGUACAUCCCUGCCAUCGGAGCGCUGUUAGGAGCCCCGACGUUUUUCCUGGUGAUCGUCACCCCCAACUUCUACGGCGCCAUGUUCUUUCUAUUUGUGGAGUACCUGGUGGCGGAAUGCUGGUUCGGCCCGGCGAUCUCUGUCCUCCAGAAGGCCCUCCCUGCCCGCGUGCGAGGUGUGGGCAUCGGCUACUACAGCUUCUUCACCACGAUCGCCGGGAGCUUCAUGACGUACAUUGUUGGCGUUAUCCUUGACGCGUACACGUCCGACGCUGCUCUCAAGAUCACAUUACUGAUUUCCGUAUGCGGGAUGUACCUGCUCAGCGGGGCCGUCUUCCUGGUGGCGUCUCGGUAUAUGCCUGCCCUCGACUCCUCAAGCUUGAAAGGAAGCGAGAGGCAACCGCUCCUGGACACGCGGCAAGACGAGUUCGAGACAGACGACGAGGUUAAGACGGCCAACCGCCGGGGCAACGCGGCCGCCCGCAGGACCAACAGCAAUCGGGAGACGUUCUAG